AAAAAAAGAGUAGAGAGAGAGAGAGAGAGAGAGAGAGAAAGAGAGAGAAAGAGAGAGAGAGGGAGAGAGAGAGAGGGGGAGUUAAUGGAGAAAGCUACACGCAGAUUUGAUCAGAGUUGAACUUGCUGGUGCCGCUCAGCGCGCAGCCCAAACGGAGCUCUGCGCUACUUGUUGAACCGGCCUGCCUGAAAACUCCGCCGUCUUCCCUUCUUCAUGUUUUCUUAAACAUUUUUUUUUCUGUCUGAGAGGAAAAAGCUGAGGAACUUUGCGCCGGAGCGGAUUCCGUUUUGGACGUGUUUUGUGUGACAGCAGCGUUGUUUGCAUGCGUUGGUUCUGCUGGGGGUGAUCGGAAGCGGCCGCGGAACCUGUUGGAUUUAAAACCUAAACGGAUUUUGGACUGAUUUUAUUUAUUUGCUGCGUUUUUUUCCCCACAUGAACCUUUACUGAAGAACAGAAAUAAUCAGAUCAGGUUCGAAGAAAUAAGAGCGAGCGAUGGAAGUAAGUGCGGACCAGCCCCGAUGGAUGAGCCAUCAUGCCGCGGUGCUGAACGAGCAGCAUCCCGGCUCACAUCACCCGGGCCUCGGCCACUCCUACAUGGACCCUUCGCAGUAUCCGCUCGCAGAAGAUGUGGAUGUACUGUUUAAUAUCGAUGGACAGGGGAACCACGUCUCUUCAUACUAUGGGAACUCAGUCCGAACCGUCCAGAGGUACCCUCCUCCUCCUCCCGGUAGCCAAGUUUGCCGUCCCUCGUUACUGCACAGCUCUCUCCCCUGGCUGGAGGGCAGCAAAGGAAUCCCCCCGCACCACAGCAGCUCCCCCUGGAACCUGAGCCCCUUCCCCAAGAACCCCCUGCACCACGGCUCCCCGGCCAGCCUGUCCGUCUACCCCCCGGCCUCCUCCACCUCCCUGUCCACCGGCCACUCCAGUCCGCACCUCUUCACCUUCCCCCCUACCCCUCCAAAAGACGUGUCUCCGGACCCGGGCAUAUCCACCCCGGGCUCAAGCAGCUCCGGGCGCCAGGAGGACAAAGAGUGCAUAAAGUACCAGGUGACACUGGCCGAGAGCAUGAAACUGGAAUCAGCUCACAGCCGGAGCGUGGCGUCAAUCGGAGCAGGCUCAGCCUCUGCCCACCACCCCAUCGCCACAUACCCACCCUAUGAAUACGGCCCAGGCCUCUUCCCACCAAGUAGCCUGAUAGGUGGGUCAUCUUCUAGUUAUGGUUCCAAAACGAGACCAAAAACAAGGUCCUGUUCAGAAGGCAGAGAGUGCGUGAACUGCGGGGCCACGUCCACUCCGCUGUGGAGGCGGGACGGUACGGGCCACUAUCUGUGCAACGCCUGCGGCCUCUAUCACAAGAUGAACGGGCAGAAUCGCCCUCUCAUCAAGCCCAAGCGGCGGCUGUCUGCAGCCAGGCGGGCGGGGACGUCCUGUGCAAACUGCCAGACGACAACGACAACGCUGUGGCGGAGAAACGCCAACGGUGACCCGGUGUGCAACGCCUGCGGCCUCUACUUCAAGCUGCACAAUAUCAACCGACCUCUGACCAUGAAGAAGGAAGGCAUCCAGACCCGGAACAGGAAGAUGUCCAGCAAGUCCAAGAAGAGCAAAAAGUCCCAGGACAACAUGGACGACUUCUCCAAGAGCCUCAUGGACAAGAGCAGCUCAUUCAGCCCGGCCGCCCUGUCCCGCCACAUGUCCUCCUUCCCCCCCUUCUCGCACUCCAGCCACAUGCUGACCACCCCCACACCCAUGCACCCGUCUUCCAGCCUCCCCUUCGCCCCGCACCACCCUUCCAGUAUGGUGACAGCCAUGGGUUAAGCCCCCCCCCCCCCCACCUGACCCCGGGCUUCCCCGCCACCGCCACACCUUUCGGUACCUCUGCUCCAGACUCCUCUCCGGUUUGAUCCAAGCGGGAUCCUCUAUCCUCGCUUCUAUCUUAUUUUUUAUAAAAACCCAAGUGUACCUCUGCGAUGUAAAUGCUUUGCAGACUUGAACUGACUGCGGCGCGCUGACCUCUGGAGGGGGGAGGGGAGGGGGGGCGGUUUGUGUUUUUCCCCUCUGAGCCAGGAGAGAACGGACAUUUCUCCUUGACCCCACCCAACCAGGAGCUCCAUUUGUGUAUAAAAAGCCAUUCCUCCACCAAAAGAGGAGCGCCCGCUCCCUUCAGCCGCACCUCCUCACCUUCUACCUGUAAGACAGGAACCCCCAUCCCUCGCCGCUUCCUCCCUUCCUCCUCUGGUCCAGCUGAAGACCAGGAGAGACUGAUCAUAUUUGUACAAAUUGUAUGAAAUACAGUACAUUUAAUGAAGACUUUUUAAUUAAGUGAGAGAGAAAAAAAAAGGAGACUUGCCCUUGGGCAGCUAACGACAAGAAGGGUACGAUUUGCUCGCCGCCGGACGAGGCGCGGUGGAAGGAGUUCUGCAGGAGGGUGAACGAGCCGGAGGGAAAGACUUUGAGACAGGGCAGGCCUCAGAUAUCGCCUGCAUGAAAUGUGUCGCAUUAAGUUUGCAGAGAGUCGCCGCCUCUCUCUUUAUUUUAUUCAACGUUUUUUUUAUUUUAAUUUUAUUUUUUGGAUGUGCUAUACGUCUCGGGCAAUUGGUUUGUGUUGAAGCGCGCACGUACACACGCACACACAUGCACACAUGCACACACACACAGCAUCACCUGAAAGACUCUCUUUCUACCCCACAGAUUAUAUGCAUUGUGAAAAAAAAGUUCCUGUAUUUGUUAUUUGUAUGUAUAAAUCAGAGUACCAAAAAUACGAAAGAAACAAAGAUGUAGAAUUAUUUCUUUAUGUUAUGCAGACUGAAUGGUUGUAAAAAAUUAAUAAUAAUCACUAGUGUAAAAUAUGACUGCUUUUUUUUUUGUUUCGUAAAUUUUUUUUUUGUUUAUUUUUUUUUUUUUGCUCUUUGAAAAUAAUAAACUAGUUUAAUCUCUGUUGACAUGUUA